UCCCCAAGGCCGGUGCCGAGGAGUCCGAGAGGCAGAGCCGGUGGCUGCGCUGGCUCGGGGCCGCCUUUUUAUGGCGAUGCCGUCUGCCCUCUGGAUGCAGCUGGUGGCCUGGGCUUUGCUGCUGCCGUUCGUGCCCCUCUGCCUGAGCUGGGAUACGGCCGAGUUGGAGCUCUUCGACCUGGUGGAGGAAGUGCAGGAGAACUUUUACCGGUUCCUCGGCGUGGAGCAGGAUGCUACAUCUGCAGAUAUCAGGAAAGCCUAUCGGAAAAUGUCUUUGAUCUUACACCCGGACAAAAACAAAGAUGAAAAUGCAGAAAUUCAAUUUAGACAAUUAGUGGCUAUCUAUGAAGUUUUGAAGGAUGAAGAGAAAAGACAAAGAUAUGAUGAAGUUUUGAAAAAUGGCCUGCCGGAUUGGAGACAGCCUGUUUUCUACUACCGGAGAGUGAGGAAGAUGAGUAAUGUGGAGCUUUCUCUGCUCCUCUUCAUUAUUCUGACUGUGGGCCAUUAUGCUGUGGUUUGGUCGAUAUACUUUGAGAAACAACUGGAUGAUCUUCUUACCAGAAAAAAGAGAGAGAAAAAGAAAAAAGCAAGUGGUAAAUCUUUAGAUGAAGGAAAAGCUGGUGUUCCUGAGAAAAAUGAGAGAUCUGUUGAAAAGCCUCAAUGGCAAGACCUGUUGCCAUGCAAGAUAGGACUUUGGUUUUAUUUCUUUCUGAAGUCAUUACCACAGUGCUGCCAGAGUGUUAAGGAUUUUUAUUUGGAAUGGAAAGAAAUGAAAGUGAAAGAAAAAGAAGCAGAAACGCAAGCCCAGUUUGAAGCUGUGCAGAAAGAAAAAAGGCCAAAAGUAAAGAAGCCAAAAUCUGAGUUUCCAGUAUACACAGCCCCUUCCUCUGGAAGUAUCACCUAUGUAGCAUUGCACGAAGAAGCUUCAACAAUUGAGGAGAUUGAGGAUCAGGUAGCUGACUGGCUAGAAGACAGGUCAAGAGGGUCAAGAAAGGCACCAGAAUGGACAGAAGAGGACCUCCGCCAGCUGACAAGAAGUAUGGUUAAGUUCCCAGGGGGCACUCCAGGUCGAUGGGAAAAGAUUGCUCACGAAUUGGGUCGAUCGGUGGCAGAUGUUACCACAAAAGCUAAACAAGUCAAAGAUUUUGUUUCAAGCACACCAGGAACCAUAAAACUAUUGGAUUUGAAGUCUGCAUCCCAGACUGUAAAGAGUGCGAAACGUGAAACAGUUCUGCCUGACCACAUCAUCACUAAAAGGGAUGAGGAAGUUGAAGAAGAAAAUGAAUUUGAAAAUGGAGGUGAUCAAGAUAACUACACUGAGGCAUUAUCCACAGAGACUAGACCACGGAAACGAAAAACUGCAAAAACAUCAGAGAGAACUCUUAUGAUCCAAGAAGACGUUGAACAGAAACCAAAAGGAAGGCGCCAGAGGGACUUUGAUAACACAGAACUGGAUGAUGAUAGUGAUGAGGAGAAGAAAAGGAAAGGGAAGAUACGAUCUUCAGAAGAAAUUGCUGAAUUAUGGAACCAAAAUCAACAAAAACUGCUUGAGUUAGCCUUGCAACAGUAUCCAAAGGGGACUUCUGAACGCUGGGACAAAAUAGCAAAAUGUGUACCAGGAAAAACAAAGGAAGAAUGCAUAAUCAGAUACAAACUAUUGGCUGAACUGGUUAUGAAGAGGAAGCAAGCCAAAAGCUGACUGAAAAUGGUACUUAGAAAGCACUGAUCUCCCAUCAAGAAGCAGUACUGCACCAUGGACAAAUACAUUGUUAAAUGUGGAGUCUAGUUGCUUGUAACUUACCUCAACUUUCCUUUUUACCAGUGUCAUGUGCCUUAAUAAAAAACAUUAAUGUGCCAACAUCUCCUACAGAAUAAUCAGAUCCAUUCAUUUUUUUAGAUUUCUAUUUGUUCCCUAAAUGCACACUAAAUGUUCACCAUUGAGCAAGUUUUUAAUUUAUUUAUAAGAAGCUAAUUUUCUGUAUCCCAGUUCCAUGUUUGUCUCUAUACUUUGAAAAUUGUUGAUAGAGUUUGGAUUCUUGCAUCUUUAACUGACUAGUUCUUUUAUAAAAUGCUAAUAGGGAACAGAAAGUUUUGACACAAUGUAAAAUUGAAUUUAAAAUUAAGAUCUUAAUUGAGGAGUUUUUUUUGUUUGAAUCUGUUUUUCUGUUUUUGUUUUAUUUUCAGCCCCAUCUUUCCUGAACGAUGCUGUGUCAUCCUGUUCUGCACCAAGGGUGAUAAACAGCCCUUCAGUAACUUGUCCAAGUAAAUGAACCUAACUUAAGCAUUGCAGUACAUUAUAUGUGGAUCAUAACCAGACUUGUUUUUAAUGAAAUCAGAAACUCAGCAGGUCUGACAGCAGCCGUUAAAGUUUUGAGUCUGAUGUAGCUGUUCUUUGGAGCAGACAUAUCCUUGGUCACUAUGUACGUGUGUUUCCAGUGCAAGUUACAAGAUUGGAAUUGUACCUGAUUCUUAUCCUUAGCUGAAAAAUGCAAGAUCAUUUUCUUGCUGGCUUGGAUCAGCUUAUACAGUGCAGGUGGGUCAUAGGACUAGAGACCUUCCAGUUUAGAAUUGCUCAGUACCACAUGGUAGAUAAACCUUUGUCUUACCCUCUGUGGAUUGAUAUUUUUUAAAGAUCACAAAUAUGGAUUGCUUUUAAAUUCAUGUGCCCACAAGUUCUGUACAGUACACUGUCACUACUUGUUUUCUGCGGUCUAUCUAUUAAGUUAAUAUGUAACAGUUAGCAUUUACUGUAUGCCAAAUGAAGCAUUGUUUCUGUGAGUUACGUGUUGCUGGAACAACACAGUGUAGAAACUUUCAGUGGUAUGUUUUCUAAGUCAAACAUUUGUCCAUUUGACAGAUGUGAUAUAUCUGUGGUUAUAAUUACAAGUGUUUGAAGUUUGGUUUAUGCAGAACUCUUUUACUAUAUUUAUAUUGUUUUGAAAUCAAGGCUUCAUGUAGUUAUAUGUUUGUAUGCUGAAGUCUACAAGGAGGUCUAAUCUCAAAUUAAUUAUGAUAAUUUAAGAUUCUGCAACAUCUCUUUAUUACAGUAGAAGACGAGCACGUUUGAGCCAGUAGGCUCCCUUUUGAAUAACAAAUUUUUCUUACGUACUGUGAUGUACAGUGCAUCUAGUUUCCAGGGAGUUCGGUUUUAACAAUUCCAUCUGUUUUACAUAGUGAAAACUGUUUUCAAAGCUGUUAAUGCUUGACAUGUCUUUAUCACCAGAUCUGUACUGGUAAGCUCUGGUAUAAUUUUCAAAUGUCUGGUGUAAACCCUCUGGAUUAAAUUAUACUGUAACAAACCUUGUCCCUUUAAA